AUGAAUUCAAAUGAUAGUCCGGUGAUAGAUAAUGAUCAACGUGUAAAUAGACGUGCUCAUAAGCAUUUACAUUACAUUCCAUGGGAACCAACUCGAGCAGCUAUUUCAAGAACAGAGCAAACAAAAUGUAUUCCUACGGUUCCUGAACAAUCUAUUUCCACACAACUAUAUCGAUAUCACAAUAGUACUAGAUCUCCAUCACCACUUUUAUCAUCGAAUAUCAUUACAAAAGAUAUCAUUAAUAUUGGAAAUAAAAUUAAACCGACUGCUACUGUUGAGCCAUUCCAAGCAUCAAUUAACGUCGAUGAAAUUCUCUAUGGAAUAAGACCAUCGAGUCCAAAUACUCAUACAUCUCAAGAUCUCAAUUUAUCAAGUGAUCAACAAGAACUGAAACUUGAAUUAGAACGUGCACAAGAUGAAAAUGCUGGUCUUAAACAACAACUUGAUAUUCAAACUCAAGUUAAUGCUGAGCUGAAAAAAUUACUUGUUGCUUCAAUUGGUAAUGAUUUUCAAUAUCGAUUAGAACGACUUCUUCGUGACAAAUCUCGUUAUGAAAUAGAAAUUCAAACAUUAACAAGAAAAAUAAAUGAUUUACUUGAAGAUAUUGAAAAACUUACUAUCAAAUGCGAUAUUAAUCAAAGUAAACUAGCAGGCAGCCGAGUUCUAAUCGAUGAACUUAACAUGCAUAAAAGUGUUUUGAGUGUUCAAUAUAAUGAUUGCACUAAUGUUAUUCAACGUUUACUUGCUGAACGUUCUAAAAUAGCAAAAGAACUUGUUCAAGCUCAUAGUUCUCUAUCGUUGUUGAAUGAAAUGGCCUUAAAUAAUAGUCGAAAACAUCUAUCAAUCUCGCCGAAAUUCGAUUUAAUUCAACUUUCAUCUUACGUACAAACAUUAGCAUCAUCACUUUAUAAUUAUUUAAAACAGACUAUAUUUCAUCAGCAAGCAAAUUAUCGUCAAUUGAGUAUACAACUUGAAUUAACUGAAACAGAAACAUGUGCACUGGAGAUUUUACAGAGUCAUACAUCGGUAUCAUCAUCAGUACAAGCAUCAACAAAUACAAUUGAUAAAAAAUUAAAUGAUAUUGAACAAAUAGAAUCUAUGAUUAAUCGUUUAAAAUUAGUUAGCCAAAAAAAAUCCCAUGAACGUUUUCAUCCAACAACACGUUAUGAAAAUUUAACCUUAAAUUGUUGCCGUGACUGUUCAGGAGAAAUUUAUAUUGUCUAA